UUCAUAACCCAACACAAAACCCUCUCUAACUCAUUUCUCUUUCUCCUCUCUCUCUCUUCUCUCUCUCUCUUACCUUAUUUCCUCCAAACUCCAAGCUACCAUUUCUUUCUCUCUCUUAUUCGAUGCUAAACAGCAAAUCAACAAAGCAUCAUCAUCAUCACCACCACCUCCAACUCCCUCAUCACGCAUGAACAACAAAUGGUGGAAACAAUUCAGCUCAGAAUUUGGUGGCUUCUGUAGAUAGAAAAAAAGGCUUGAAUUCAUUGCUCUACUUUUUCUCCAUAACUCAAAGGUAAGUUUAGUUUACUCUCACCAAGUAGCAUGCUACCACCACACCUAAUUAGCCACACCUAUUAGCUCUUCUCCCACACAUUCCUCAAACCCCAAAAAACCUUCUCUCUCUUUAAUUUUCAACAAUCUUGCUACCUAGCUAGGGUUAAUUGAAAGAAAAUAUCAUUAUUAUUGAAGAACAAAGAAACAAGAAUCAUCUAUGGACCCAGUCGCAGCACAAGGAAGACCUCUACCGCCUCCUUUUCUUACCAGAGACCUUCAUCUACACCCUCACCAUCAAUUUCAACCACACCAUAAUCUCAACAACACCAACACCAACCAAACCACCGAUUUGAAUGACCAAAACCGUGGCCAAAAGCGUGACCGUGCCGAUGACCAGAACCCCGCCACCCCUCCUUCUACUGGAGACGGCAAGGAUCCGCACUCCGGCGGAGGAGAAUCCGGCGAGAUCUCCAGGAGACCCAGGGGGAGACCAGCAGGCUCCAAGAACAAGCCUAAGCCACCCAUCAUCAUCACAAGGGACAGUGCAAAUGCUUUAAGAUCUCAUGUCAUGGAAGUUGCAAACGGUUGUGACAUCAUGGACAGUGUCACCGUCUUCGCACGGCGGCGCCAGCGCGGUGUUUGUAUCCUCAGCGGCAGUGGAACGGUUACCAACGUCACUCUCCGGCAGCCGGCUUCGCCGGGUGCCGUAGUAACCCUACAUGGUAGGUUUGAGAUUCUGUCCUUGUCCGGAUCAUUUCUGCCGCCGCCGGCCCCGCCUGCAGCGUCAGGACUAGCCAUAUAUCUGGCUGGUGGACAGGGACAGGUAGUAGGUGGGAGUGUGGUGGGCCCACUUUUGGCGGCCGGCCCGGUGGUGAUCAUGGCAGCCUCGUUCGGCAAUGCAGCCUACGAGAGACUGCCACUAGAAGAGGAGGAGGGGUCCGUCCCCGUCUCAGGGAGCGGAGGCGGGGGACUAGGAUCCCCUGGAAUUGUCGGACAACAGCCACAGCCACAACCGCAACCGCAACAACUAGUGGGAGGAGAUCCCAAUAGUUCAUCAAUGUUUCAUGGUGGAGUGCCUCAAAAUCUUCUUAAUUCAUGCCAAUUGCCAGCUGAAGGUUUCUGGGGUGGUUCCGGUGCACGCCCUCCCUUUUAAUUAUAAUCCAAAAAAAAAAUCAUUUUCUGGUUAAUUAUUAUUACCAUGUUUUUUUUUAAUUUGAUUUUGUUAUCUUCUUUUUGACUUUAUUAUCUCUUUAAUCAAUGUUCAUUCUCCUUCUUCUUCCAUAUAACCUAGUUUAUUAUCUUGCUUUAAUUUAAUUGAAGAGGCCUUAAUUAUUAGCUUGGAUGUUUAAUUUGUUGUUAUGAUUACUAUUGAUAUAUAUUUGGUCAGUGUUGAAUUUGAAGAA